UAAACUAAAGACAUCACUACUGAAUCAUACUCGGCAACAUGUUUACAAAAGUACUGUCAUUGAGCGCUGUUUUGGCGGUUGCGGCAGCAGGCCUUAUCGCUGAACCUCAUUACUCCUCUGCUGCUGCAGUUUCUUCCCAAAGUAUCGUUCGCCACGAUCAAUCUCAUGCUGUAGCUGCCGCUCCAGUUGCAAUCCACUCUGCUCCAGUUGCCAUUCACUCUGCUCCUGUUGCCUACCAUGCAGCACCAGUACACUAUUCAUCUGCCGGAGCUGUAUCUUCUCAGUCGAUCCAACGUCACGACCAACAGCGUGCUGCUAUUGCUGUUGCACCCGUAGCCCACUACGCCACUGCUCCAGUUGCUGUUCACUCUGCUCCUGUUGCCUAUCACGCAGCACCAGUACACUAUUCAUCUGCCGGAGCUGUAUCUUCUCAGUCCAUCCAACGUCAUGACCAACCCCGUGCUGCUAUUGCAGUGGCUCCCGUAGCUCACUACUCAGCUGCUCCAGUUGCUCACUAUGCAGCUGCCCCAGUAGCUCACUACUCUGCCCCUAUCGCCCAUGCUGCAUAUGCUGCCCACGAAGAAAUCGACUCUCACCCUCAAUACGACUUCUCUUACUCCGUACAUGACGGACACACCGGCGACAACAAGUCACAGCACGAGAGCCGCGACGGUGACGCAGUGCACGGCGAGUACUCUCUAGUAGAGGCUGACGGAUCUGUACGUACCGUUCAAUACAGCGCUGAUGAUCACUCUGGUUUCAACGCCGUCGUCAGCCACUCCGCUCCAUCAGCUCACGCUGUUCCAGUGCCAACGCACGUACUCGCACAUCAUUAAGUUAAAUAUGUCAAUAAUAAUUUAUUUAUUUAUGAUAAAUUCAUUAACGAAUAAACAAUGAAUAAAAACAAAAUGUGUAUUA